UAAUGAGCGUCUCAAUUAACAGGUGCGUCAGUCAAGAUGGCGACACUGCCGAAGAUAAACACACUGACACAUUUCAAAGCGAGAUAUCAACAAAAGUCUACAUUUACUCUUGAAAAAUGAAGAUAUUAUUCCAUAUUUUGUGUGGUGUGAUGUUGCUCCUCGACUCACCUUUCUACUGUGUUACCAGUGCAGUGCCGACAGGACAGUUUCAGACCAAAUGUCUUGAACGUCACUUUCUGCUUUCUGUCAAGUCGAGCUUUCUUGGCCUGAUGAUCCGUUUUGACUUUGAAGAUCAGUAUGGAGUCCACCUGUUGUCCGAUCAGGAGGUGACGCUCUGUGGUUACACUGUCCUGAUCGAUGAUGUUGGAGACCUGGUGUUUCGUGCCUCCUUCCUGGCCUGUCAUGUCCACAGCAAGGUAGAUUUAUCUGCAGCUCCUCCUCUGCAGAGAGCCACAGACUAUCGCCUGCGUCUGUGGUUUGUGAACGUGCAGGCAGACGGGAAGGUGGCCGCGUAUCCCUUCCAGCUGCACUGCUCCCUCCCGGGGCGGUGGAGCACCAGAGAGAUCGUGUGUGAGGAAAACUACAUGGAGGUGUCCAUUCAGCAGCCUGUCCUGCCAGUUACAUCCAGAGAUGAGAAGGGAGCUGAUGAGGCAGACAUGGCUGUGAGGUUCCACAGAGCGGACCAGCCGCCAGAGGAGGCGACAGUCUUGUCUCUGAUUGAAGCUUCUGCUCUGGGCUACAACAUCCUCCUGCGGGGCUCACGUCUCACCCUCCGCUGUCCCUACUCCUCCCCUCUCUCAUACUUUGUAAAGGAGAGGGGAGUGGAUUUAGAGGUCGUCAGAGCAACCAUCCUGUACCGACUCCAGAGCAACUUCCUGGCUGUUGAGACCACUGUUGCCUGUGUUCUGAAUGAGGCGACAGCAGAUGGGUCCGACCUGCUGUGGACUGUCCCUCAUGUUCUGUCCCCGUUAGUCCACGGUCAGUUCAGGGACGGGGGCAUGAGGAUCGGAGUGAAGGGCCAACCUCUAAGUGAGUCUGAAAAUAAAGAGAGGGGAUUCAAGAUGGGCCUGCAGGAGGGGAGAGUGGAAGUCAGGAUUCCUUUAGGAGCCUUCGGUGGACGCAUUAAGAGUAGUGUUGUGAGAGGACAGUACAGCCAGUCCAUGUCAGUGGAUCUGUUCUUCAUGAGGCAGUGGGAGGAGGAGCGCUGGCCUCUCACACAGCAUCGCUCCUUCAGGCUCCUCUCGACUCCUCUCAUCCCACAAAUCCCAGUCUUCACCAACAACACGGUCCCAUCUGAGGGAAUGUUUACUGCCACUUUAGGCGUCUUUGCGCCUGAUGUUUCCCUCCAGAAGGUGACAGUCGAUGGUGGCGGUGACCUGUUAACCUGGACCCAGAGCCACCAAACAGAGAGCAACACAGACCUCAGGGUGUCCAGGCUCUCCACCUCCAAUGGGAGCCACUCUUACCAGCUUCGUUUCCUGCUGUCACACAUGAAAAUAAUCCCGGAGUAUAUAGGUGGUGGCUAUACGACGUACAGCCUCUCUUUCACCUUUACUCUUACUAUCUUACCCAGUGGAGAGGUGUUUUACCAUCAGGCCACCGUAGAGCAUAGUGCUGAAUACACAGCUCCAAGUUCCCCCAAACUGGAGGGGAAGUGCACAGACAGCAGCCUGGUGGUGCUGCUGCACCACGGGGCCCAGGCCGAGCUGCAGUGGGAGCUCUACCUCGGAGCCCGCAGGCUGGACUGGGACCUGGUGGAGAUGGGGGGGUUCGUGGUGGAGCCGGAGGAGGACUACCUGACUGUGGAGAUCCCCCUCUACAGCCCUGGGAUGAACUAUGGGGAGCUGACAUUGCAGGGUCUUGUCUCUGGUGUGGACGUGUCUGUUGUGGGUGCAGAGUCUCUUAAAGUAGAGGAUUUUCUCAUCCAUAAAUGCACCUUUGCUGUUAGAGAACUACUAGUAUGUUUGCCAGAAGGGAGGAUGGUGGCAGUAGUUGACACCACCCACACCAUCCCGCCCACUCACCCCAACCGAACCACCCUAUUGGACCCCGGCUGUGUUCCCAUGGAGACGGACAGUGCCAGAGCGCUGUUCAGCUUCAGCCUGGACUCCUGUGGGACUACGGUCACUACUGAGGGAAAUUUCCUUGUUUAUGAAAAUCAGAUCAGUUACCCUCAAGAUGUUCUGCCUUUGGAUGAUCCUCUCAUACACAGAGAUUCUCCAUACAGGCUGACAAUUCAGUGCCGCUACCCAGCAAACGAUACGAGCACUCUUGCUAUACAUCAGCCUGUGAGCUCUUCUCGGGACCUUUCACCCAUGCCAGUCAAACGCACACGCAGGGAAGCUGCAAACACAGGUCAAAGAAAAUGGAGGGUGAAUUUGGAGGGACGGCAAAACCUUCGUCUAGAGUGGAUCACAUGGACGCUUGUCUCCAUGCUGCUGCUGAUACUCUGCACAUCGGCUUCUGCAUACAGGACCUGCAAAUUAAAUAAAUGAGCUCUGUUUUAUUUUACAUUUUUGUUGUGAAUUAUGUGUAUGUAUUUUCUCUUUGUCCUGACAAGAUAUGAGAAAUUAAAUGAAAAGGUAUUGUUUCUUUUUGUAAACAUGUUUGUGUUAAAUGAUUCAUUGAAUGUAUAAUAAAACAUAUAAACAC